CUGCUCUUCGCUUACAUCAAGAUACUCGCACACACGCGCACACAACACGUGUUUCACUCACCCACACCGGGCCGGGUUCGUUUUGGGUCGGACUAUGUUUCCAGCGGCCCAGCCCAUUCUCUGUUGGUUUGGAUCGCCAAGUCCAACCCAUCCAUAAAAUUCUCAAAUUCACGCAACACAACACUCUUCCUUUUUUGCCAAUACUCUUUCUCAGUUCGAUCGUCUUGAAUCGUUACCACUUUUCAGUGAGACAGAGAAAUUAGGAGACAAGAAUAUUUCAACCUGCUAGUUGGUUGCAUUAUGUUAGUUGUUUUUUCAAAAUGUGUAGGCAGUGUUAUUUGGUAAUAAACGAUAGACAUUUUAGUAUUUUAGUUAUGUCUUGGUCCAGGAGAAUAUGUAUUGUUGGAUUUGAAUGCAUUUGCUUAAAUUAAGAUUUAAGAGACAAUGAGACAAGUGGUCCCUUAAUUGUAUUUGGAAAGCUUGAGAGCAGAUAGAUACAUGGAAGAAUAUAACAAGAGCAGCAUGAAGAAGGCAAGGUUGAACUCUUUGCUGACAACCUUGCUAGAUGAUCCUGUACUUUCUGAUGUCCCCAUGAACCCAACUUUGGCAGAUGUUGACACUCUCAUCAGCUUUGAACUGGGUAGUGCGAUGCGCAUUUCUGUCUUGAAAUUGGAUGGAAGUACAUUUGAUGUGACGGUAAUGAAUUCAGCAACAGUCAAGGAUUUGAAACUUGCCAUUGAGAAGAAGGUAAAUGACAUGGAACAAUCCAGCAUGGGUUACCGCCAUAUUUCUUGGAAACACGUAUGGGCAAACUAUUGCUUGUCAUGCCACAACAACAACCUCCUCGGUGAUAAUGAGGCACUUCAAAAUUUUGGUGUGCGAAAUCAUUCUCAGGUUGAAUUUGUCCACUACGUGUCGACAAAAGAGUCUGGGAGGCACUCGAAGAGGAGAAAGCACCGUUUUUUUCAUGGCCUUAACAAGCGUUCCUGAUCAAACGAGCCAAUGGUGUAUAGCAUGUUCUGUAAGACUGAAAUUUCUGUUGGUUUAGAACAGUAGCUACCUUGUGGAGGCCACUAUACACAUUAUUUUGUUUUAUUUUUAAGCAAUUACUAAAAUAUUAUAAAGGUAAUCGAAUGGUUGAACUGAUAUAA